AUGGCUGACGCGCUCCAACAGGAAAUAGCGAGGCUACAGGCCGAGCUACACAAAUGUAGAGAAACUGCCCGAACCGAAAUCAUGAGCAAAGACGAUCAUAUCAUGGAGCUGGAAGCCCUGGUACAGCAGCACUCCACCGAAGUUAGAAGACUCCAGGAACAUGUAACGAUUAUUGGAAGUAAGCAGAUGGUAACAGCGUUGGGAACGAUCGAACCAUACGAUCGCAAAACUGACUGGUCGCAGUGGUUACAGAGACUGGAACACUAUACUGCAACAAAUUCAGUGGCAAGUAAUAAACACAAGGAAUUAUUCUUAAGCAUUUUGGGAGCUGAGGGUUAUGCUUUACUCUCCAAUUUAUGUGCUCCAAUUGAUAAGAAUGGAAUCCAUGUUUGCAAAGACAAAGUAGAGGCAAUUAAUGCCAUUAAAACACCCCUGAAUACCACUGAAUUAAAACGAUUUCUUGGCAUGACGAAUUAUUAUUCAAAAUUUGUUAAUAAUUAUGCCCAAGUAGUAGCACCAUUGUACAAGUUAUUGAGAAAAGAGAUAAGAUGGAAUUGGACAGAAGAGUGUCAAGUAGCUUUUGAUUUGAUUAAGGAAAAAUUACUAUCUCCAGAGGUUUUGAUGCACUAUGAUCCCAAGUUACCUCUCAAAAUUACAUGUGAUGCUUCGCCAGUAGGGGUUGGAGCAGUACUUUCGCACAUACUACCAAAUAAUAUUGUCAGACCAGUAGCUUCCAAUUCAAGGUCAUUAACAGUAGCUGAAAGAAAUUAUGCACAAUUGGACAGAGAGGCCUUGGCACUGGUUUUUGGGGUAAAAAGUUUUCACCAGUAUGUGUGGGGGAGGAAAUUUUGGUUCGAAACGGAUUACAAGCCUCUCAAAUUUAUUUUUGACCCAAAUAGGAGUCUACCAAACAUGGUAGCAGGCAGAGUCCAACGAUGGGCAGUAUUUUUAGCAUCUUACGAUUUCAUUCUAGAGCAUAUUAAAGGUACUGAUAACGGAAGCGCUGAUUGUUUGUCACGUACUCUAAAGCCAAUGGUGGAGGAAGCUGAUAGGAAUCAGGAUUUUUCAUAUUUGAAUUUUAUUGAAUCUGAGGUACCAACACUAGAUAUUGAAUUGAUCAGAACUGAGACAAAAAGAGAUGAAACAUUAUCGAAAGUUAUUAAGUAUGUUAGAGAUGGUUGGCCCAAGGAGAUUAAGUCUGAAUUCGAGAUUUUUAAGAGACGACAGAAUGAAUUGUACGUAGAAGAUGAUUGUUUGAUGUUAGGAAUGCGAGUUGUUGUGCCAAUUGUAUUAAGAUCUAUGGUGUUGAGUGAGCUCCAUGUAACACACAUGGGCAUUGUAAGGAUGAAAGCUAUGGCUAGGUCGUUUGUGUGGUGGCCGGGAAUAGACAGUGAUAUCGACAAAAUCACCAAAACUUGUCAGUUGUGUUUGGAGAACGCAUCCAAUCCACCCAGAUCUGAGUUGAACGUCUGGAAAUGGCCAGAGGGACCCAAUCAGAGGAUUCACAUUGAUUAUCUUCAGAUAAAAGACAAAAUGUAUCUGGUGAUAAUCGAUUCGUUUUCCAAAUGGAUUGAUGUGAAAGCAAUGAAAGACAUUACAUCGAGAAGGACAAUCCUGGCGAUGAGUGAGUACUUCGCAACAUGGGGUUUUCCGAACGUGUUAGUGAGUGAUAAUGGACCAAGCCUGAUAUCAGAAGAGUUUGAAUCCUUCCUGAAGAGAAAUGGCAUUCUCCACGUAAAGACUGCCCCGUAUCAUCCAGCCUCCAACGGAGCAGCCGAGAAUGUAGUAAAAACAUUCAAGAGGCAGUUCAAGUUGCUACAGAAGAAUAAUACCAACGAGGAUGUAGCACUAACGCAGGUGUUGAUGAGUUAUCGCAGUACCCCACACUGCACCACAGGAUAUACGCCAGCCGAAUUGCAAACAGGACGACCAAUGAGAGCGAGACUUGACCUUCUAAAACCGUAUUUACGUAACCGUGUAGUUCAACAGCAAGCAAGACAGAAAUAUCAUGCUCCUGGAUCGGGACUACACUCGUUUGAUGUUGGUGAAGUGGUCAUGGCCAAAGAUCAUCUGAAAAAUAUUUGGAUUAGAGCUGAAGUGGUUGAGAGACACUCUCCUGUAACGUACAUCGUCAGAACAGCUAAUAGGUUAAUAUGGAAAAGACACGUGGAUCAACUACGUCCCACAUUGUUACAGGAGAAACUGCAAGUGAAUUCUGAGGACAGCGGGACAUCAAUAGAGAGGAAUCUAGUUCCUUCAGAGCGAGAGGGUUCAACUGAGCAUUCAUCCCUAUUGGACAACGUUCCCGAAGCAGUCAGCCCUAUGGAAGCAGUUGCAAAUGAAUUGCCUAGUUCACGUGAUAGUGAGCCCAGUGGUAAUUCGAGCGACCCAGUAGGUGCAUUUCCACCCGAGAAGACUAUAAGCAGUUCCACCAGGGUCAGGGACAUCACGAAAACCCCAACACCUACUCCAGUUGGAGAUCCCGAGUUACGUCGUUCAAGUCGCAUUAGAAGACCAGUACAAAGACUCAACUUAUAG